AUGGCUGUAGAGUGGCUAAGGGAGCACCUCCUGUGUCACAUAUGUUUUUUUGCAGAUGACAGUCUAUUAUUUUUCAAGGCAAAUAUUCAGGAGGCUAGUAUUGUUAAGCAGUGUCUCAUAAGAUAUGAAAAAUUGUCUGGUCAGGUGGUGAAUUAUAAUAAAUCAAGUAUUUGUUUUAGCCGGAAUACCCAAGGAAAUGACAGAGAUCAAGUGGCAGACUGUUUAGAGGUUGUGCAAGCAGCCAAUUUUGGAAAAUAUCUGGGUUUACCAUCCUUUGUGGGUAGAAGGAAAAGAGUUGUCUUUGCAUAUGUGGAGGACAAGAUCAAACAGAGAAUUGGUUCAUGGAAUAAAAAGUUGCUUUCCCAGGCUGGCUUUAAAGAGCUGCGUGCAUUUAAUUUGGCAAUGCUAGAGAAACAGGCGUGGCGUUUCCUUACUAAUCCGUCUACUCUUGCGGCGAGAAUUUAUAAGGCUCGGUAUUUCUCUACAACUAGUUUUGUUGAUGCUACCAUAGGAAAUUGCUCGAGUUUCUGUUGGAGGAGUAUUAUGGCGGCACAUGAUUUGGUGUGUGCGAGAAUACGACGAAGAAUUGGAAAUGGGCAGACAACUCUCAUAUGGGGACACCCCUGGUUACCAGACAACCCCAGCCCCUUAGUUCAAACAAUUAUGCCUGAGGAAUUAAGGGAAGCACUGGUAGCUGGCCUAAUUGACCCACAAACAAAGACCUGGGAUCCACAUAUUCUGUCUGAUCUUUUCGUUCCUGAUGAUGUGAAUCGAAUUUCUAUGAACCCUAUUAGCCCGGAUUAUGAGGACUCAUGGUAUUGGAUGGGGAAUCCGAGUGGGGAGUACACUGUUAAGAAUGCCUAUAGGCAGGAGCAAGUAGGGGUGGCGGUGGGUGUGCUCUACCACAUAUGGCGAGCCCGCAACUCCGCCGUUUGGGACAAGGCGCUGCCACAACCUGGACAGACUUGGAGACGCGCGAACACGGCCGAGAACGCCUAUCGGCAGGUCCACCAUCGACAGCAGCACCCGGCGCCCUCGGCAUUGCCAACAGCCGAGACACACACCAGAUUGAAAUGCUUCGUAGAUGCUGGCUACAAGCAAACUACGGGGGAUGCAACAUACGGGAUGGUUCUUCUAGGCCACGAUGGUUCUUUUGUUGCGGCAAAAUUUGGCAAGUUGCCUGGUGCCUUUUCACCACUCAUGGCAGAGGCGUUAGCUUGCAAGGAGGCUCUCUCAUAG